AUGUAUCCUCUUGGUAACAAAGGAAAUCUUACCAAGCGUAAACUCAAGGUGAUCAUACCUGGUUCUUGGAUCCUUUCACUUGUCUUCACCUUACCCUUAUUCCUGAUUACGAUUUAUGACAAGAAUAUCGAAAGCUGUGUGGAGAAUUUUCGUCGUAAGUGGAUGGCCAAGGCUUAUAGCUUGACUUGGCUUUUAGCCACAACUGCUCUUCCUUUGGUACUGAUGGUUGGCUUGUACUCAACGGUUGUGUACGCUUUGUGGUGCAAAAAUGAUGAAGACGAUGAAAUUACCCACCAACAAAAGGGUGUUAUGAAGGUGCGGAAGAGAGUCACUCUGAUGGUCAUAACUGUCAGCUCAAUCUUUGGAAUCUCUUGGGGCACAAGUUCAAUUACCUACGUCUUAAAACAUUUCACCACCCGAAACACUGGACACGUCGCCAUUUCCACCACAAUGGCUCUGCUCAAUUCAGCCGUAAAUCCGUUUCUUUAUGCUCUGUUUAACCAACCAUUCCGUGGUAAAGUCAAGAGAAUGUUGUGCAGUACCUUUCGUUCUGCAAACAGGAUUCAAGUUGCAAGGGAAACUGAGAGUAUUGAGGUCCCUAACAGAAUUAAUCAUACAGCCAUGCAACCUAACGAGGCCUGA